AUGUACCAAUUCUUCCCCACCGAAUUCUUCAACUUCGAAUACCUGCGGAUCCUCGCAACCGCACCCUUCCACGGGUCCGAAAUCGGGGAAUGCCUGUCCGCGCGCUCCCAACUACCCUCGACCUGCGACCCGGAAUCAUGGUACCGGGUGUGGACGGCGCAAGCGGAGCAAGCGGUGGCAAACGGAGAAGAAGCCCUGGCGGCGGGGGACAAGCCGGGGGCGGCGUGGGCGUUUCUGCGGGCGAGCAACUACUUCCGGACGAGCGAGUUUUUCCUGCACUGCGAUGUGACAGAUGGUCGGAUGUUGGGGGCGAUGGAGAGGAGCGUGGGGGUUUUUGAGCGCGGGGCGGAAUUGUUGCAGGGGACAAGGGUGGUGGGGGUGGAGGUGCCGUAUGAGGAGGGGGUGGGGGGGAAGGUCGGGGGAAGGUUGCCGGGCAGGUUGUUUCUUCCAACUGUUGGAAGGCAGGGGAAGAUUCCGCUGGUGGUGCAGAUGGGGGGGUUUGAUUCGACGCAGGAGGAGUUAUAUUUCGUUGGGCCUGCCGGGGCGGUGGGGAGGGGGUAUGCGGUGCUGACGUUUGAAGGACCGGGCCAGGGGAUCGUGCUCCGGCGAGAUGGGCUGAAGCUGCGACCGGACUGGGAGGCCGUGACGUCCAGAGUGCUGGACGUGGUGGAGAGCCAGCUGGCAAGUGAAUACGCGCUGGACAUGGAUCGGAUCGCGGUGGUGGGGAGCUCGCUGGGCGGAUAUCUGUCGCUGCGCGCCGCGGCCGACCCGCGGGUGGCAGCAUGCAUCUCGUUCGACGGGUGCUACGACCUCUUCGACGUGACGCGCAGUCGCAUGCCCGGGUGGUUCAUCAACGGGUGGCUGAACGGCACGCUGAGCGACGGGUUCUUCAACUUCGUGGUGAACCGGCUGGCGGCGUGGAAUUUCCAGCUGCGCUGGGAGUUCGGCCACAGCAUGUGGGUGUAUGGCGUCGACACCCCGGCGGAGGUGAUGCGCAUGAUGAGGCGCUUUCAUCUGCGCGGGUAUCUGGAGAAGAUCAAAUGCAGCGUUCUGGUGACGGGGGCGGCGGACACGUUCUACUUUACGCCCGAGUUGAAUGCGGAGCGCAUCUUUGAGGGGUUGGGCCAUCUGCCGGAGGAGAAGAAGAGGUUGUGGAUUGGGAGAGGUGUCGAGGGGGGUGGCUUGCAGGCCAAGGUUGCUGCGUUUGGCAUCAUGCAUAUCCAAGCCGCCGCCACCCUGAACAACCUCACCCUGACCAUCCCGCCCUUCCCCUUUGGCACAGAAAACAAAACGCCCGCCUUCCUGGCCAAGUUCCCCACCGGCAAAGUCCCCGCCUUCGAGGGCGUCGAAGGCACCACGCUGGUCGAAUCCGACGCCAUCGCAUGGUACAUCGCCGGGUCGGGCCCGUGCGGGCCCGCGCUGCAGGGCCGAAAUGUCGCCGACCAGGCGCGCAUCCGCCAGUGGAUCAGCUUCUCCGAGAACGAGGUGUACGGGGCCAUGCUGUCGGUGGUGCUGUGGCGGGCGGGGUUUCGGAGGUACGAUGAUAGCGUGGAGGCUGGGGCGGUGGCGGCGAUGGAGUAUGCGUUGGGGGUGGUGGAGAGGCAUUUACAGCAGAAGCAGGAGCAGGGUGGGUUUCUGGUGGGCGGGGAGCUGACGUUGGCGGAUUUGACCCUCGCGUCGGCCCUAUAUUGGGCGUUUAUGCAUUAUUUGGAUCGUGGCGAGAGGGAGAGGUUUCCGGGUGUGGUGGCGUGGUAUUUGAGGGUGAUUGGGGGGGACAAGGUCAGGGAGGUGUUUGGGGAGGCGGUGUUGGUGGAGAAGAAGAUGGUGGCUCCGGUUUAG